AUGUCGGUUGCUUCCGAUGGCAAGCGGGAGGAUCGUCUCAGUAGACUGAGGCAAUUACAGUUAAAGAUCGAUGAGGCGAAGAAAGCUAACCACGUGCAGGUGGUAGAGGAGGACAGGCGCAAGCACUUGCCCUCUAAUUGGGAGGCAAAGCAAGCAAGAAUGCGUUGGGAGGAGGAGGAUGACGCCUUCCGUGCGGAGUGCGCCAAAAAGGGUGUGGAUGUGGACCGCGCCAAAAAUCUGAACAUUUCCGCAGAACUGGUUAAUCGCCUGGAGAUGCGGAAGAGACGCAGAAGACCUCACCUCAGCGCCGAAGACGAAGCAGGCGAUGUUACUGGUUUCGCAUCCUACGCCGACGCCUCUCAUAAGAAAUAUCUCAGGCAAACCAAGGCUCUCAAGCCGGAUCUGGUGGCGUAUCAGAAGCAGAAGGAAAGGCUAGGUGAUUUGGUCUAUCCGACGGCACACACGAUUGGUCUGGUGGAAGCAAUCCAGGCAGGGGCUGAAAGCAGUCGUGAGGCGGUGGAGCGGAUGGCUGCGACGCUGAAGGAGCAGGAGAAGAAGAAGGCCGCCUACAGUCGACGUCGCGCCUUUGAUCCCGAUGCCGACAUCGACUACAUCAACGAGCGCAACAAGCGCUAUAACGAGCUGCUGGAUCGUCACUAUGGGAAGUACACUGCAGAAAUUAAGCAGAAUCUGGAGCGCGGCACUGCUCUCUAG